AUGUCGAAGCACCUUUCAUCGCUCCAUGAGGAUGUCUCACUGGCUCGCAAGCAGCAUGGCCGACGCGAAAUACCCUCGGCUGACUACAUCACGUCUAUGGUACGCGCAAUCCUCAAAGCAAUGUCGAAUGAUCAACUUGCUCUCUUGCCUGCUCAAGACCAAUGGAGCUCAUCUGCAGUCGGCUUGCGCACGCUUGAGGUGCUCCUCGCAUGGUCGGCAAAGUCUUCGGGCCGUUCUGCUGUAGAGAAGCAGCUUUUGCCUAUUUGCCAGCGGGCAUACGCAAUUUUUGGCAACAAUCGCAAGGAGCUCAAUGACCUUUGCCAGAACCUGAUCACGACCUGCCUCACCCGGGAAAGCUCUGGUGAGAACCAGAGCCUCGAGUGUCGAGAAUGGCUUUGUGCAGUACUCAAGAAUGCAGAGGAUCUCCUCGGCGACAAGCGCGCAAUACUGUGCUUGCAAGCGUUGCUGAAGCGGAUGAACUCGAGAGAUGUACAGACAAGCUUCCCGGGGCUCUUCCCUGCCAUACUCGAGCACAUUCACGAUUACAACACGGGCGUGGCCUGUCGCAAAUUGGCUCUUGAGUUUGCAAGAAAGCUCGACUCUGUGGAAGCCCUCGUACUGCCUUUGGUCAGCGUGGUCAGCCACGCUCAGCCCGCCGAAGUCAGUACGUUGUCAGAUCUACUUGCAGAACUGUUCCGCGAGCAUCCAAUACUCUAUCAGAAUCUGCUAGACGAGCUAUCCGGCGAUAGCGCCGUUGCACAGAGAUCACGUCUCGCACUGAUUCGGCCAUCUCUGUCGGCCAAGCUCAUUACCUAUGCCUCUCUUGAUUACCAUCUUCUUGGCACUUACUUGACUCAGAGAGACGAGACUGUGCGCAGCAUUCUCAUGGGUGUCCUCGCCAUACUGCCUUUUGCACCUGGGCCUACUCUGUCGGCUCAGCUCGAGUUCGCAAAAAGCUUCUGGCGAUGCAACAUAGGAUCGACGAAUAAUUCCUUUGUUCAGCAAGAUGGCCCCCGAAUGCUUAGACUCAUGCUACAUAGGCUGCGUAUCGCAUCUGUCGUGCCCUCGAAUCGAACUGGGGCGGAGGCAAAUCCCAUGCUCGAGGCCUAUAUGGCGCUCGCUGACGUUCGGGUCUAUCUCGAAUGGCUCAGAAAAUUUCUCGUCCAAGGCUUGAGCCCGAUGCGGCCACAUCGAAUCAAGGCCAACGCCAUACGUCUCCUCGCAGUAUUGUUCGAGUCUGGCUUAGACGCGAGCUUUGCGCUCGCGGGUAAGAAAGGAGGCACCGUGACUACUGCCAGUUGGCCGCUCGAGCUUACUCUGGCAGACGCUCACAUGACGCAGACCCUGCUUAAAUCUCUCUAUGCAACCCAUGUCGAUGUCAAGAUGGGCGCAUUCGCUCUCCUCUCGCGUUUUCCGGCUCCUCUGCCUGGCUACGAGGACAGCCGAGCCGGACAAGACUUGCUAGAUGCUGCACUCGAAUCAAUCAAGGCUCCAAGUGAAGCAGCAGUAGCGACUGGAUCGCUCAUUCUUCGUCUCAUCCGGGAUCAGUGGGUGCUCAAGCAGAGGUGCUCGACUCUGCAGCUCCACACGAGCUCAGAUUUUGCGAAGCCCGAAUCGACUGAGCUGCCUUUGGAACGCCUGCUGCGCCAGGCCCUUGCGGUUGCUCAGAACAACCUGACGCCGGCAACCUGCGCUACUAUCAGCGCUCUGACUGAGCACCUAAGUCCAGAUGACUUGCCACUGACUUCUUGGCGCCGCCUCAAUCUUGAAGUUGGCAGUCUCAUGGAGCGCUUCUGGGAUGAUCGUAGCAAAUUUCUUGCCAAUCAAACAGCCAUCGAUGACGCAGCAUCCGCCGACUUCACAGAUCCAGGCAACAUUGAAGUGUCGAACGCUGCCAAAGUCAUGACGCUGUUGACCGCUUUACUCGCCACUCUGCGCAACGUCUUUGCCCGCGCUACGCCUACCGUGAGAUCGUCCAUAUGGACCGUGACCGAGAUCGACGCGAUUGGACGCCAGCAUGGCAUCUGGUUACGCGCUGUUGAGCACUCAGGUGUAUACACACGCAUUGCGGAUGCCUAUUGCGAUCUCUGUACCUGGCUCGAUUCAUCAGAUUGGGCCGAGGGUAGCGAUCUGAUCGACGUGUGGCUAGCAGAGCAUCUCGAAGAUAUGUCGCACAGCAAACUCAACAAUACCAGACGCAGCGGUGGUACCGCCCUCUGUUGUCUCGCUGUGCUCAGCGCUAUCAGGUCCGCCAGACGUGAUCGACUUGUCAGCAUAACGGUCGCACGACUUAGGGUCUUUGCCGAUACACGUCAUACUGCCGAUGAUGUGGGUCCACAAGUUCAUGCGCUCAAUACACUGCGUCUACUCGUGCAAGAUGAACAGCUACGAGACACUAUGAUGAACCAUAUCGAGCCGUCCUUUCUGAUCGCCAUUAACACCUUCCGCUCCAAAGAAUGGUCUAUCAGAAAUGGCGCUCUGAUGCUGUUUGCUGCACUCGUUGAGCGAUGUUUUAGAGGCAAGAGUCGAACGAAGCAGAUGUCAGCUCACAGCUUUUGUAUCCAAUAUCCGACCGUCCUCGACUCGAUCGAGAGCGAGCUGGAUGAGGUGCAACCGGGCAGAACUUCAGACGAGGCGCGCUUUGCCUGCCUAUCGCUCAUCGGCUCUUUCGCUGUCUCACAGGAUUCGUCUGACAAGCACAUCGAUGCACGUAUCGAGCAGCUGCGGCGCAAGACAGAGAGUCUGCUGGGAAAUCCGCAUUGGAUGAUGCGCCAAGCGGCAGCGAAAGCCACAGCAGCGUUGGUGACUGCAGCAGAAGUCUUGAGUGUCUGUCGAUCGAUGCUCAUCGUUAGCUCCAGCAACGCGACACACGGUCGGCUCUGGACCGUUGCGAACAUUGCGUCUCGACUCAACGCUACGCAAGCUGAGGACCUCUUGCAUGCUUUAUGCACCUUCCUUCCACAGCUCAGAGCUGGCUCAGCUGUAGUACUCGCGGCGGCGCUCACCCUCGCCCAUCAGCUGUAUCAGAUCACUGGGCUGACGCAUACGAGUCGACUCGCUACGCAAUUGACCUUGCAGGCGAAAGAUGCAUUUCGCUGCGAAAGCAGCAUUGGACGCAAGGCCCUACAUACGUCCAUCGCUGGAUUACAGCUCCUCGCUUCGCCAACGGCAGGACGUGACUGUCUACAGAGCAAAGAGCCGAUUGUCCGAUCGGCCGUCUUGCGAUCCGAGGCAAACCUUGACGAUUGCGAGCUCAGGCUGCUCCAACUGGCGCUUGAUCAAGCUGGCGACCAUAGAGAACGCGCGAUGUGCUUCUCGCGACUGAAAGGAUUGUCGACACCUCUCGAUGAGCAGCAAGCACAACUGAUACUGAAGGAAGCACUGCAAACGACGGAUGGUCAUCUCAAGCAAGCGAUCUUGCCCUUCCUAGCAUGCCAGCAGUCACUUGAUGUUUGCCCCGCGGUGACCGCAUUAGUCGAGAGUCUCAGCUUAGACGAGCGAUCAUGGCACGCCCGUCUAGCUGCUGCUCAAUCGCUCGGUUCAAGGAUGCUGUCACCAAUUAUUCCUAUCAUGCUGUUCGUCGACGACGAUCGCGAAGUACGUGACACGGCAGCAAGUAUCCUCGGCGAGGAGAGGGUCGAGGCGAUCGCCAUCCCGUCUCGCAUCAGCUCACUCGGCGCUUGCGACGCUGCUGAGCUCUUAUGCGAGCUGGAUGGCCAAAAUACCGCGAAGGUCAGACAGCGAGUCAAGGGCAGCAUUUUCAGCGCCGAGAGAUCGAACAUGUUCAUCGAUGAUCUUCUUUGCAUCUCCGCGACAUACAACGUUGCGCCAAUGCAAGCCGAUGCAGGCGACACAGGGCCGUUCGAAGCGAAUGUCAAAGCCAUCCUCGACUCUCUUGCUUCAAUGCUAGGCGCAGCCGGCGGGUCGUCGAGCCCGCUACAUGUGCUGGCAGAUCCAGGCAUCGUGCUUCAAACGUAUCGGCUGAUAGCGCUUGUGCGCUUGCUCGGCAAUCGAGCAGAUCUCAAGGCGCGUCUGUCGUGCGACAAGCUGUCAUCGCUGCUGGAUUGCUAUGAGCUCGAUGAGAUCUGA